AUGGAGGACGGCAAAUAUGUCGACGGGAGCUACUACUUCUACGCCCCAAACAAAGCAGCACCCAUCUUCUUCGCCGUAGCGUUUGCCGCCUCUGGAACACUGCACUUUUGGCAGAGCUAUCACUACAGGUUCUUCAAAGUCACCGCCCUGUUCUCCUUCUGCUGCCUCCUCUUCGCAGCCGGCUUCGCCGUCCGCACCUACGGCGCGUGGCACUACGACGACCUCGACAUCUUCAUCGCGAGCGUGUGCCUCAUCUACGCAGCUCCACCCCUCCUCGAACUAGCAAACUACAACAUCCUAGGCCGCAUCCUCUACUACGCCCCCUACGCCUCCCCCCUCCACCCAGGCCGCGUCCUCACAACCUUCGCCUUCUUCUCCAGCAUCGUCGAAGCCCUGAACGGGUGGGGCGCGUCCUACUCCGCAAACCAAUCCCUCACCCAGCGCGAGCUAGAAACAGGCCACGCCCUCAUCAAGACAAGCCUGCUCCUCCAAAUCUUCGUCCUCGCCUCCUUCACAGCCCUCGCCGUCGUCUUCCGCCGGCGGUGCGUCGCCGCCGGCGUAGCGUCCGCACGCGGCGUAAAGGGCCCGAUGGUGACGCUCUACGUCAGCGUCGUGCUCGUCUCCGCGAGGACGUUGUUCCGCGUCGCAGAAUACUUCAGCCUCGCUCGGGUCCGGUUCGACGCGCAGACGAAGGAGGGCGACGUGCCCCCCGCGAUACGCUACGAGUGGUUAUUUUACGUCUUCGAGGCGAGCCUGAUGCUGGCCAACGUCUGCAUGUUUAAUGUCAGGCAUCCGAGGCGGUAUUUGCCGGAGCGGUAUACGGUGUACCUUGCCCCGGACGGGGUCACCGAGGUGGAAGGGCCGGGUUGGAAGGAUCCGAGGGCGUUUUGGGUGACUGUUGUUGAUCCGUUUGAUGUGAGGGGGUUGGUGAAGGGGAGGGAUCGCGGGAUGGAGAGGUUUUGGGAGAGGGGUGAUGGUGGGAGGCAUGGAGGGAUCGAGGGGGGUAGAGAGGGGGAUCAGGGGAAGGACGGUGUUUGA